GAUACUUGCUACGAGAGCGUGAGUCGACUAUCGAUGUUCUCAGACUAAUCGAUAGUGUCCGAUUGAAAUACACGUAAACUUAAGAAUAGCCGGUAAAAAACGCAAAAAAUCUAAGAUAAUGAGAUUCAAGGACUGUUGGGCCGCCACGCUGGCGUUCCUGGCGAUGGCCUCGUCGUCGUUUCCGCCCCAGAAGCCAGUUCCUCCGCCCUGCAGGGCCUGCAGCCAAUUAGUCGGGUCCUUUAAGGCAGGACUCGAGCGCACGAAAAGAGGACACGGGGGCGGGGACACGGCCUGGGAGGAGGAGAAGCUGCGCUCGUACAAGAACAGCGAGGUGCGGCUGGUGGAGAUUCAGGAGAAGCUAUGCUCGGACCCAGAGGUGGUAAACAAGGACCACUGCCACAAUCUGGCCAACGAGCACGAGGCGCUGCUGGAGGACUGGUUUACCAACAACCAAGUGCAGAGUCCCGAUCUGCAAACCUGGCUCUGCAUCGACCAGCUGGCAGUCUGCUGUCCGGCGAACACCUACGGAGCAGACUGCCAGCCCUGCACGGACUGCAGCGGAAACGGCAAAUGCAAGGGAGCCGGAACUCGGAAAGGAAACGGCAAGUGCAAAUGUGAUCCUGGCUAUACGGGACCAAACUGCAAUGAUUGCGGACCGGAGCACUACGAGUCCUUCCGUGACGAAACGAAGUUGCUGUGUACACAGUGCCACGCGGCCUGCGGCGAGGGCGGUUGCACAGGAGGAGGUCCGAAGAACUGCCGCAAGUGCAAGGACGGGUGGAGCAUGGACUCGGAAGCGGGGUGUGUGGACAUAAACGAGUGCCUGGAGCAAAAGCGCCCUAAUUCCUGCCGACCGCAACAGUUCUGCGUGAACAACGAGGGCUCCUUCAGCUGCCUGGAGUGCGACCGCUCCUGCAAUGGCUGCGACGGCGAUGGCCCGGACAUGUGCAAGAAGUGUGCGGAUGGCCAUGAUCUGAGGGACGGCAAGUGUACCGACCUUUCCGAGGAGCAACGUAGCAACUAUGUGAGCUAUACGCGAAUGCUCACCUACUUCGGAAUGUGUGUGGCCACGUGCGUCAUCUUCCAGAGCUCCACCCACAUUGCCUGGGGCUGCAUUGUCGGGGCGGCUGUGGCCGCGUAUAUUGCUGUUUCCGAGUACUGGAUCAACUCGGAGGCAGAAGGUGGCCACCAGCCCGAGUUUAACACGAAACAGUUAGAGGAAAUGAUCAUGAAGUCAUUAUAAGCCAAACCGAGCCGGGCUAGAAGGCACAAAUCGGGGCGUAGUGUUAGGUUUAUUUUUUGAUAAAGAUGCACGAGAGCUUUAGUCAUCAGUAUUCUUUAUUAACACCAAUUGGUUAAGCAUUCUAACGAUUUUUGUACUUCGUUUGCAGUCAGGAGCGAUUCAGAUUCCACGGUGCUCGGUGAGGAGUCCACCCACGAAGAACUGUAGAAGUAUCCGUAGCGCACACCUUUCGUAGUCAAUUUUAGUUUAAUAGUUAAUAUUAUUAGCAAUUGAUAUGUAACUAUAAAUUAGUUUGCCAAAGUGAGUUUAAGAAAUAUUAUUGUUUUCCGCCAAAAAAGAAAUUGUAUUUCCCCAAGCAGGUUAAAGUCAAGUUUUUGUAAUUGGUAUCACAUUUAAAUAUAUAUUAUAUUUGGUUCAAUGUACAAAAUCACAAAUACAGUCAUAACAUACAUUCAAGUAUCCGUAAAUAGAUUAAACAUAAGUUUCUGACGUAGUCUGCUUUUGUGACGUCCAAACUGCUAUUUUGAAGACCAACAUUCGUGUGCAAUGGAAUACUGCUUGAAUCGGAUAAAUAAAGGAACUAACAUGAUACGGAUGAAUCAGUGCAUGAAGAUCUAACAAAAUAAGCAUCUUGGAACAAGGAAAAUAUACACGAGUUAACAAUGACCACCACCGCACUAUAUAAAUAAAAUCGCUACAUUUGAACUAGAACAACUUAAGUAA